AUGGCUGGCGCCGAAGACAUCUCCCCAGAUACCUCCCGCGUCCUAGAUGUUGCGCUCCAGUCAGUGAGGGGCGAUGGGCAAACGGAGGCGACCGUAGGCAGUGCCUACGAGCUUAUUGCACUUGUGGGCCAUGCUUCCAUGGUGGCUGCAGGGUUUCGGUUGGUUGGAUUGGGUGAAGAUGAUAACCUUGUUGGAAACACAGAUGCAACCGUACUACCGAAAGAAUGGAGCGCCCACAAGAACACCUAUUCCUUCCGCUAUGCACCAUCUGAAUCGUCGAUCGAGUACAUUCUCAAAGUUAACCGGCUGGGAAACAAUGCGGUGAUUAUGGGACUGGCUGGGGAAGACAAAGCAACGUCGUUUGACUUGACCGUCGAUGAUUACAUCUCGACAAACGCGUUUCCCCUGACACUAGCUUCUGACGCAGUGGUCACAUUGAAGGAAAGUUUCAAAUCUUCAGCUCGCCUAGAAGAUCUGGUCGGCAUGUUCAAAGUCCAUGUGAUUCAGCGAUUCCAACCCCGAAGUGCAUUCAAGGAAGCCACGAGAGAGUCAGAGGACCAGCGAGCGACGCAACCUGAAGAGCCUCCCAGGCACGAUCCAUUGCGAGACGACCAAGGCCCUGUUCCUGCUCGUCCGUAUCCGUUUGAUGACCCGUUAGCUGCGGCGCCGCGUCGUCCAGGUCCAGCUGGAGAUUUCGCACCACCCGGGUUCGAAGAUGAGUUCGAAAUCAAUCGACCACCACGUGGAUUUGUGCCGCCGUAUGGAGGAGGAGGUGUGCCGAGAAGCGGCCAGCAAGAUUUAUAUCCUCAAGGCUUGGGGCCGUACGAUCCCUUGAGGGGCUCGUUCGGACCUGGCGGAGGCGGUGGUGGAAUGCACCCAACACCCGACGACCCUAUGUUCGGAGGCUCAGGCGGCCAAGGAGGCUACAACCCGCGUGCACCGCCAGGGUCGCGUUAUGAUCCAGUCGGCCCGUGGGAUGCACCUCCGUCUGGUCGAGGGCAGGGCCCUGGGGGACGCGGCUUUGGGCCUGGCGGUUUCGGUUCAGGUGGUUUUGGCGGCGGCGGAAUUAUUUGA